CAGGUACGCUGUGAUGGAGAACAUGCGGUUCCUGCUGGAGCCUUACCCGCCACAGCACCCCAUCUACUUCGGCUGCAAGUUCAAGCCGUUCACCAAGCAGGGAUACAUGAGCGGCGGCGCAGGUUACGUGCUCAGCCGUGAGGCCCUCAGACGGUUUGUCGAGGUCGGACUGAAAGACCCGAAAAAUGCAGGAAGGAUCACGGCGGAGCAGAGGACGCCGAAAUGGGGAAGUGCAUGGAGAAGCUGAACGUCACGGCCGGAGACAGUCGGGACGCCCAGGGACGGUACCGGUUCUUCCCUUUCACUCCGGAGAGUCACCUGGUAGCGGAGAAGUUCCCCAAGAAUUUCUGGUACUGGAAGUACGUCUUCUACCCCCAGCCCAGGGGCAUGGACUGCUGCUCCGACUCGGCCAUCAGUUUCCACUACGUGCCGCCCAACAUGAUGUACACCAUCGAGUACCUCAUCUACCACCUGAAGCCGUACGGCGUGCGCACCCGUCUGAUCCCCGCUGCCCCGCCGGACUCGGCCGUCAUACCGCCGGGGGUCCACUUCCCCACACCGCCGACUACCGCGUCACCUAUUGGCAAGACGACCGUACCAGAGGUUCCACGACACACCACCAGGGCGGCGGUCAAAGCGGCGAGCCCGCACGCAGCUCCGAAGACGACGGCUGGGAAACGGUUGACGACUCCGGCGGCGCGCACCAAACGCUCCGUGAGCAUGCUGCCGUCCAGGAGGCCGACGGGAGGGUCUGCGAAGCCUCGACGGCCCACCGAGGCGGCGGCGGGUCGCAAGACGGCGACCCCCGGCGCCCCGGCUGAGAAAAAGGCGCCCACAGUCUGGACUGCAGGGCCGACGGCGGCCGCAUCCCAACCCCCAGCGGCAGGGAAGGAUUCCGGAAAACCAGCGGCGAAAGGGGCAUAGCCGGGAGAUAGCACUUCGCCGUACUGCACUUAGAACGUGUCCGCUGGAAACUGAAGCGGUUAUCCUCACCAGGAGGAGCUCGAGCAAUGGACGUUCAGCCGAAAACUAGUCGGUCCUUGCCAAAAACAGGCCAAAGGGCGGUCUGCGGGGACAUAUCCCGGUCGGUCAUAUGGACGACAAGGAGAUCGUUAGGUCCUAAACUAGUAUGUUGAGCCGUGCUGGUCACGAGGUGUGUCGGAAGGCCGACAUUCGACGCCAGUCAGGCCGUGGACGCCGCAUUGGCCGCGGGGCUGGAACGGCCAGUUGGUCUCGGGGCUGUGGUAGGGUGAUGCUAAUUCGGAGUUACCAUACAGUGAUAUUUGUGGGGAUGAGGGAUGGCGAUGUGUAAACGAACUUUGUGUGCGUGUGUGAUAACGUUAGAAUGGGUACGUCCCCAUUUUUGUUCGUCUCAAAACCAUUGAGAUGACUACAGGCAGCUGCCAUAUGCUUUUAAACAACAAUCCCAAUUAUUUUGGGAAUUCGAGUAGCACAAACGUGACAUUCCCAGUCAUUGACACGUUGUUCGCUCCGUGUUUUUAGUCUAUUUCCAUUCCUUGACAAACGGGUGAAAUUAGGGAGUGAAGACAGUGAAUGUGCUGAUCUCGAACGAUUCGUGAUAUCGUUGAUAGUCAUGCCAGCGGAGACAUGCGCACACCGAAUACGUGCCCUUAGUGAACAGAACAUUCCAGAACAUGUGAUAACCGACUGUCUGCUUCUACUACGCACACCGCUAACGAUGUCGGAAUGAGUCCAUCCCGCGGUCACCGGAGCAGCGCUGCUAAAUUAGUUCGUGUGAAAACUUCCCGGUCCGAGCGAGUCUGAACAGCCUACGCAGCGCAGUUGUCCGCGGAAAACUCUGCUGAUUUACAUGUUACCAACGACUUUCCGAGGCUUUGAAGCUCCUGACGGAAUUUCCGAUGAAACAGCCAAUGCUACCAUGCUCCAUGUGCUUCGUCGCUAGGAUUGGCACACAGCCUCGUGGGUUUUAUUUAUGCCAGUACCAGCGGCAGCCACACGAAGUACCGAGUGCUGCGUUUGUCCUAUGUGCGCCUGUGGUGAACGGGCGCCGGCAUGGCGGAAAGUGAGAAGAUGAGUAGGUACCGUGACGUGAUCGCGCCCAUUUUACAAAUGAAUUGUGCCAAAGGCGCGCGAUGGCCCACUCCGAUGCUGGGGAAACAGUGUGUGAUAUGCGUCGCGGUGGCACUUGUGUCACUAUCGAGUCGGGUUGUACUUGCAGAGCAUCAUCAGGCUGAUGUGUGGGGUUCGUCCGACCUGUCCACCGAAUGCCACUCUGGAACUAACACCGUGCUGUGUUGUGAGUCCCACCUCGCUGGGUGAAUUCAGGGGCUCGUGGCACGGUUACCCUAGAAGUGUCCGUCAGUCCUGUCGUGUGUGGUAGGCUGUCUGGGGCGCGCGGGGCUGCUUGGAAACGGUGUUGGGAAGCGCAAUGGGAAUCCACAAGGGGCGGGAGGAGCCGUGUGUUUUAUAAACAGAUAACGGGUGCAGUGCUGGGUGGGCGCCAUUGGCGACUGUGUGCGCGUUACGGUUAGCCGCGCGGGCGCUGCCAGGCGUGACGUGUCCACAUAUCAAUAAAUUGCUUGUCUGAAGUAUGCA